UGGCCAUGGCGAGCAUGGACUGUCCGGGGAAGGAAGGUGCGGGGGUCAAGAGGAGGAAUCUGUCCCUGCUGAGGAACAAGCUGUACAUGGGGGAGAGGAGGAGGACGGAGCCUGUGGUGGAGAGCACCGCUGCUGCCGGGGACCACGGCACCUUGAGGAGGAGUCAGUCCGACAGGACAGAGUACAGCCAGAAGUUACAAGAAAAAAUGGCCCCACAGGCGGGGUCCUCAACCCUUGCCGCUUCGCUGCAGGAGGAUGAUGAACAACUUAGCAGACGCAUGAUGGCCAAGAGGGUUAAAAUCAUCGCAGAACUUGUGCAGACCGAGAAAGACUAUAUCAGUGACCUGGAUCUCUGCAUCAAGGAAGUGAUUCAGCCCCUGAGGAGCAAGCAGAUUGCUCGUUUUGACGUGGAUGGCUUGUUUAGCAACAUUGAAUUGGUCCAUCAAGUAUCAGCCAAACUGCUGUCAUUGUUGGAAGAAGCCACGACAGACGUGGAACCACCCAUGCAAAUAAUCGGGGAAGUGUUCUUGCAGAUUAAAGGCCCACUAGAAGACACAUAUAAAAUCUACUGUUAUCGCCACGAUGAUGCACACACCAUGCUGGAAUCCUAUGAAAAGGAUGAAGAACUGAAGCAGCAUUUAAGACACUGUGUACAGUCCUUAAAAAAGAUAUAUGAGGAAGAAGGAAAGUCAAAUCUAACAGACAUGGGAUCCCUGAUGAUCAAACCAGUGCAACGAGUGAUGAAAUAUCCCUUGCUACUCUGUGAACUCUUGAAUUCAACUCCCGCUUCUCACCCUGACCACAAGGUGCUACAAGACGCCCUUUUUGCUAUGAAGAACAUUAAUGUGAACAUCAAUGAGUUUAAAAGGAGGAAAGAUUUAGUGCUGAAGUAUAAGAGGAAUGAUGAUGAUGAAACCUUUAAAGAAAAGUUUUCCCGACUGAAUAUCCACUCCAUUAGCAAGAAAUCCAAGAGGGUCACCAGCCAUCUGAAAAUACUGACGGGGGGAGAACCUCAGGUGAAAGAUCAAAAUUUUAAUAAGGAAGAAAAGUUGUUUCGAAGUUUAGAGAAGACUGUGAAAUUCUGUGUGAAGAACAUUUCGCUCUCCUCACAACAUCUACAGGAUUCUAUACAUCUGGCUGCACAGAAUAUAAUCAAGCUUCAGGAAAUCUUGCAAGACAAAGAUGAUGAAGUCAAUGACUGUUUGAAAAAACAGAACACUGCAAAUCUCUGUGAAGACCUUAUGGUUCAGCUGGACAAGCUUGUUUUGACUCCUCUCUUAGCACUACAAGCCUUGUUUUCAGGCCCACAGAAGCUCAUCCAGAAGCGCUAUGACAAGUUGUUGGACUACAACAGCUACCUUCAGAGGUCAACAGGAGAAGAGCUGGACCUAGCAAAGAAAGACUAUGAGGCUCUAAAUGCACAGUUAGUAGAAGAACUUCAGGUUUUCAACAGAGCCGCCAAAAAGAUUGUGUUGAACUGCCUGCAUUGCUUCAUCACCCUCCUCAGAAAUAUUAUGUCUGCAGCACUUCAAUCAAAUUCUGCUGUGGUGGUGCCUGUUCCACUGUCUUCCUCUAGCAUCUGUGAAGUGCAGAAUCAGUUGAUGGAGGAGGUUCACAAGCUGAAUUUUGUAAAAGAAAACAGCAAUGCAACCUUUAUUGAGAGAAAAUUGAGCUUCGAAAAAAGGAAACCUGUCCCUUCUCCGCUCGAACCCCCACGUCAAACAGAAGGCCACAGGUCCAGCCUGUUGUCUACAUACAGCACAAGCUCACUAUACCAAGCUAAGCGCAAGUGCAAUGCCACGCAGGAAUUUGAUAUUGAUUUACGUGAAGGAGAGUUGGUGGCUGUCGUGGAGCAGAAGGACCCCUAUGGAAGUACGAGCAGAUGGCUUGUUGACACAGGAAUCCUUAAAGGGUAUGUGUAUUCCUCCUUCCUGAGGCCUUACAAUCCAUCCAAAGCGCAGAAGGCUUUAGCAGAAAACAACUUGGGUGAUGAUGAUUUUGAUAAUAUCAGCCUCUUUGUCUCUUCACGGCCCUCUACUGACAGAAGCACAGGUCGGGGUCACAAGAAGAGUGACAGCAGCUCAUCUCUUCCCUUCUGUGAAAGUCCCACAAUUAAUGGCACAGGGACAGAUGCUUUUCAGGAUACGGAUGAUCAGCAUACUUUCUAUGCUGUUUAUGCAUUUCAAGCAAGAAACGAUCAGGAACUCAGUCUUCAGGAGUACCAGAAGGUUAGGAUACUUCAGUUUUCUGACCUGAGUGGCAAUAAAGAAUGGUGGCUAGCAGAAGCAAAAGGUCAGAAAGGAUAUGUACCAUCUAAUUAUCUCGGGAAGAUGACAUAUGCUUAG